AUGACCUCGCCACUCCUUGGUUACAGCUCUCACUUUGGACUUGACAAUAUCCCCUUUGGAGUUGCGUCCUCCCAAAGCAACAUCGUCCCAUCGUGUGUCACGCGAUACCAGGACAAUGUGAUAUUUUUGAAAGCGUUGCCGGGGUUAUACGAUGAGAUCCCAGAACUUCCGCUAGGAAUCUUGGAUCGCUCGACUUUGGACGACUUUGCAGCUCUUCCGCGGCAUAUUCACACAAGAGUUCGCGAACGCAUCCAGCAUGUGAUUCGCCAAGAUACACCCUUGCAAAAUCUCCCGCCCGCAGCAGUUUCUCAUAUCUCGGACGUUGAAAUGCACCUGCCAGUUAAUGUUGGAGACUUCACCGACUUCUCUUGCAGCCAUGACCAUGUGCAAAAUGCUAGCGAGGCGAUGACUGGACAACGAUCAACCCCACCAGCCUUUUUUCACAUGCCCAUCGGAUAUGCCGGACGCUGUUCGAGCAUCGACAUCUCAGGAGUACCAGUCGAGCGUCCUCUUGGGCUUCACUGGAAAGGCAAACCCAUGCAGAGUGAAGUCAUCUUCGGCCCGUCUGAGAAGAUGGACUACGAGCUCGAAGUCGGGUGCAUCAUUGGCCAGCCUAUAGCACGCAGGGAACGUGUGCUAGCAAGUCAGGCCGAAAAGCACAUAUUCGGCUAUGUGUUGAUCAACGAUUGGAGUGCUCGAGAUAUUCAAGCCCUGGAGAUGAUGCCGCUGGGACCCUUGAACGGCAAGAAUGCUGGAACUACCAUGUCUCCUUGGGUGAUAACCCCAGAUGCCCUCGCGCCGUUCAAAGCGUCUGCACCGCCCCGGACACAAAGCGUGAGUCCCUACCUGGAAGAGAGCGGAGAUGCCGCCGUGAGCAUCAGCUUGCAAGUCGACGUCAAGUCAAGCAGUCAAGGUGAUCAAUCUCGUACACUGUGUCGUAGCAACAGCUCUUGGAUGUACUGGAGUCUGGCUCAGUGUGUCGCUCAUCAAACGAUCGGAGGCUGCGGAUUGAGGACUGGCGACUUGCUAGCGACUGGUACAGUCAGUGGCGGUGGUGAUGAUGAGCACGGCUGUCUCAUGGAGUAUAUGAAACUUGAUGCAACUCCUCCCCGCGGCUAUCUAGAAGACGGUGAAACGGUCACACUUUCUGGAUUCUGCGGCGAAGGUGUUGGAUUUGGAGAAUGUGUCGCCACUCUACAGCCAGCUAAAGAACUCUGA